UUGGAGAUUUCCAUACUACUGUCUUUGAAUCUUUUGUACAUAUUUGGAAUUUUCAAUCUUUUCAGUGUAAAGCCAGUAUGCUUUAUGACUCUAGAUAGAAAGAUGAAUAUAAAUAGGAACGUGUUAUGUAUAAAGUAAAUAUCAUACACAAAAUGUUUUAACGUUGAGAUCUUUACACUUAAAGUACAUAUGAUGACCAAUUGUCGAUAUUGAUAUCAUUUAGUGCUUGGAUUGUAGAGUAAUCUGAAACUUAAGUUCAAGUUUACUGAUAAGCACAAAGCCUUUGAAACCUGUAUGAUUUUCUUAUCUUUACUGUUUUCAUUAAUUAAUGGUUUAAUAAUGUACUGUAUAUAUUGCUAGUGUUUGGUUUACUGUUGUGUCAAUAUGAUUUUAUCCACUGCUAUAUUAUUUUGACGUUUAAGAUUUUGUCUAGUCCCAAAAAGUAAUUUUUUCAGACUCUGUUCUGUAUGUUUUUAUUCAUUAUCAAUAGGUUCCCCAUUACUUCUCCAGCUAAGGUUUACAUCUCUUAAAGGAAAAUUAUUUUGUUUUCAUUCUUAAAGAAGAUUUCACUCUACGUUUUUUGUUUGCUCUUUUUGUUUCUUUCUUUUUCUCCAAAGCAAGUUCUGGUGUGAAAUUUUUGUAUAUAUUUGUUGGUUUUGAUUACUGACUAGAAGGCUCAGGUAGGACUGUUUUCCCUUGUGCUCUUGUUGCCUGUCCAUAGUUUAUUGUCUUAUUCAACUGCAGGAAAAGAUUAGAAAAUGCUAACACCUAACACUUGCUAAACUUUCCCAGGUAACAUCUGAUGCGUUAGUCAUCCUAUUUUCCAAUCCAUCCUCUUGCUGUCCAUCAUCUAAUUUAAAUCUCAACAUUGUCAUUAUUUCUUCCUUCUGUUCACUUUUGUGUCCUCUGUUUUCUUGCCUCAGACUAGAAGUUGCUCUUUCUAUAUCAAUGGAUAGAGGCGUGAGUAAAUUGGCUUCAAAUUGUGAUUAUUUGCACAUCUGACUCAAUUAGUCUAUUUUGACUCCCGGGGAUUGCAAGUAACAGUUAUGGGGCAUAGACAUUUGUAUAACACAACCCCAUUGUUUGAGGGUGAGCCUGACCAGAAUUGGAAUCAUAUGCAUACUGAUCAACAUUAUGUGAACCUUGGUAGGACUAGCACUGCAGAGAAUGGUUCCUAUUUUUAUCCUGUGGAAAAUGUGUCCAUAGAUAGCACUUCUUUCCCCUCUCAUUGGAACCCUGCAACAAGGUCAAAUGGAUAUGCAUCUUCAAGUCUCAACAUUGAAGUACCUCCUCAUCAAUCAGAUACAUCAGGCGCUUCAAAUGAUCAUUUUAUACAUUCGUCUAGUGCUGGAGCUUUCUUUGCAGUAUCUAAUAAUUGUGUGCCUCAGCCGCCUGCGGCCAAUUAUGACAGACCACCAUUUCAGGUUGAUGGUGGUUUUAUUGAUCUUACGAUGGGAAGUGGACGAGGGCCUCACAAGCGAAAGAGCCCUGGAAUUCCAUCAGUCUAUGAGAGAGGCGGUUCAAGCAGAUAUUUCAAUGCUGGGAGUUCAACUGAUGUUCCUAUAUCUUCAGAAUCGCGGCCCGAGAAGCCAAAUAUAGAUUCUCAAUAUAUGCCCUGGGAUCAUGUUCCUAUGACAUCCACAGUCAGAGGUGCAGGCCACUCAAUAAAGGGUGAGAGUUCUUUGAGGAAUGUGAGGAGCCGUUCUGCACUUGAUUUGGAAUCCAACCUUUCUAGGACCCAUUUACCAAGUAAUCAUUCGCACAACUCCUACUCUACUAUCCCACCAGUUGACCAUUCUAGCAUGAUGGAUCUUUCAGGUCAGAUUUCUACCUCUUUGACAGGGGAUUGGAGCCAAAUGAACAUAUCUCCUGCUAAUGGAAGGGUGUUAUUACCAGAUGCCGGUGCUUAUGGUCUUGAGUCAAGUCACUUCCUUGCUGGAAGUGGUGCUACUGCUAGUAAUGCUUCUGUUGAUGUUGGGAGCUUCCAUCAUGAAUUUGGUACAAGCAGAAAUCCUACUGGUCCUCAAAGUUUUCAUAAUCUGACUCAGACUGCUAGGGGAAUCCGAAGUAACUAUUCUCAGAGAUCAGCCCCAACUUUUAGGGCUUCUUCAAGCACGCACUUGGGACAUGUGACACCAUUGGAUGAUGGAUUGCCCAUGGUAGCUGAAAGUUACUCUUCUAGACAUCAAAGGCCAUUAUCCAGCAUUGGAUGGCGGAACAGUGAUCGAAAUGGGAGGGCAAGAAUUUCUAGUGAAAGAUAUCGAUCAUUGGCUAAUGAGGCCGGUCUCCAUGGUCGAAUUUCCCCUGAGGGUUUCAUGAUUGUCGAUCGCGCAUCAAUGUAUGGUUCAAGGAAUAUGCUUGACCAGCACAGAGACAUGAGGAUGGACAUAGAUAACAUGAGCUAUGAGGAACUACUUGCACUUGGUGAGAGGAUUGGCCAUGUUAACACGGGAUUAUCCGAGGAUUCGUUUUCCCAGUGUAUGACAGAAACAAUAUAUUGUUCAUCUGAGCAAGGUCAAGACGAAGGAAGCUGUGUAAUCUGUCUGGAAGAAUACAAGAACAUGGACGAUGUUGGGACACUUAAAACUUGUGGACAUGAUUACCAUGUGAACUGCAUUAAGAAGUGGUUAUCUAUGAAGAAACUAUGUCCUAUCUGCAAAGCUUCUGUUAUGCCCGAGGAUAAGAUGAACAAAUAAAUAAAUUAUACUGUAGUAUGAUUAAUCUCACUCUGUAUAUAUAUUUGGACAUCCUUCAAAGUGGAGGAAACAGACUUGCUUUUAGAGAAGUUGAACAGGACUGCUACUGUGUUCAUGUAUUUAUUUUAGUCUUUGAAUUCAAUUACAUGGAGCCUUGAAAUUGCUA